AUGCAAACCCCGAACGCCUCCCGCCCUUCUCUCAGACCCUUCUACCUUCCACCCAAAAAGCAGCCAUCAUCGGCGGAGAUUGUCCGUGAAUGUCGCGAUUGGCUUCACACCGUCGGCACCAAACGACCCUACACGCCGAGAGAAGCCAAUCGGUCGCUUUUUUCAAACAAAAACUUGCCCAAAUCUCGCCCAGUUACAGCGGAAACAAUCGAAUCAAGUGAACACGAUGAGGAGGCAUGUGAUCGUGGCCGUGAUGUAGCUGCCGACGAAAACAAUCUGGGGAGUGCGUUUAUCGAUGUAGCCAAAGACCGAGGACCACAGAUUCGACGACCUCCGACAAAGCCAGAGGCGCAUUCGGGGAGCCAAGUCUCUCCAAAAGUGCGUACUUCUCGGUGUAAACCACCGCUUCUUUCUCCCCUUAAAUCGGAGAUCAGAGGACUGUCCAAGUCGCCUCCUGGACGUUCUCCUGCUUCCAUUCUCACGCGUCGGGCUGUGGAAAAGAAGCGGGAUUCGGAAAAACUUUCAAACACCUCCCUGGUGGAAGCAUGCUCUGAGUUGGACUCAGGUGCUGAUGCCCGCCAAUCAGAGACCGAUGGCCUUGAGUUGCGCUCGCUCCUCGAUUCGCUCAUUGGUGCGAGCUCACGGUUAAAGGGCACCGCGUCAGUCAGGCGUCCUCGGCCAGACGAGGACUCGAACGAUUCAGAACACGACGUUGUGCUAGAGGAAUCAUCUCACACCGCAAACUGCGAGGAAGCUACACUCGCGUGUGUUUUCAACUUGUUAGAUCGCAUCAAAGCGCGUCUAAAGAACACGAAUUUUGUGGUGAAGGAUACAAACCUCUACAAGGACAUUGUUUCCACACUCCUGAGCCUUGCUGCUUGUCGCAGAUGUCCACGACUACGCCUGAAGGUCGCCGACUUGGGAAUUUCGCUUCGUGUGAAAGGCGCCAACCUCAUUCGUGUUUGCAAGCUCAUCUACCGUGUCUCCAAGGAACCAGAAAACGAUGAAUUGUUCAUUGAAGACAAAAGUUUUAGCCACCACAUUUGCGGUGUGUUGGGCGACCUGAACCUCUUCACAGGCGAAACUCGUCCGCUUUCCCCGCUGAUUGACGUGACCCGUGGCCAACUUUCCACCGCGCUGGAGUCCCUUCUCUAUGUCUGCGGUGCGCUGAAAUUUCUCGCCGCUUCGUCUGUCACAGGCUCCACUUUCCGGACACCGUCGAUGCUCCAGGCGUUGAGCAGCAUUCACACGACGCUUGAAUCGUUCUCACAUGACCUUGACAAGCGUUGUGCAGUGGAAACUGGAGGAGGUUUUGACGUAAUUGCCGAGAACAUCUACUACGUGCUAUUACAGAUUACGGAGAUAUUUUGCGUGAUCGCCUCAUCCAAUUUCAACGAAGACUGGAAAUCCUUGGUUGUUGAUUCCGGCGUCAUCAAGUGCGUGUUAAGGGGUCUUUCACAACACAACCCACAAUCACCGUCGCCUUCUAUUCGAAACGAAGUCUGCUUAAAUUGGGCUAGAGUGCUCGCUCACGCGACCGAACAUGCCUUCAUUUGCUCCUACUUAACCGAAGACGCCUUGACUGAUUACUGCCGGGACUUUGUGCGUCUCAUCCUACUUCGAAGCGAUGAACCCGAUUUCGUUAUACGGCUUGCUUACGCCCUCGGCAAUAUAGCUGCCCGCUGCAAUGACGCUAGAAGCUCGAUUUUCUCGAGUCGACAAGUCCUGAAGGACAUCUGCCAACUAUGCCAACGAUAUUCCAUUGAACUCAGGCGAAACGCUCUUUCAGAAGCAGAGAAAGAAGUAGUCUAUACGAACCAGCCUUUUGUCGGUGGCGCACAUUCAUCAGCCAAUGACGUUUUAGUCAAACUAACCCGCGUAAUUGCCAACGCUACCAUCGGCGCUGAAGUCGGCUACCUCGCGUCCAUUGUUCCCGAAUGCAUCACGCUUUUGUUGGAAAUAGCGUGCAAGUCUAUUUUGUCUCGUUUAUGCAAAGGUGAAGAUGAAGAGUUACUGCAAAAUAGCCUGGCUGGACUCAACAAUAUCACCUUUCACAUGAAUUUGGAUGAGCGGCCGCAGCUGCUUUCUUUUCAGAAGAUCAUCAAUAAAGCAUGUCUACGGCUCUUGAAUCAAUUUUACGUCCACGCUGAUGUCUGCCUGGGUUGCGUGCGAGUUCUCGGGAAUUUGACUCGCCAUCCCGCCACUAGAGCGGCUCUCCUCCAAGAAUCGUCCACAAAUUCAGACGCCACCAACCUCGUGGGGCGAUUGAUGCCUCUGGUGGACUACUCGCGCGACGACCUCGUCUACUGUGCGCUUGGAGUCCUCGUCAACUUGAUGCUGGAGUCGCCGUGUUGGCACGACUUCUACGAAAUCCGAGGUUUCCAGAAAAUGACUGAAAUCAUCCGCGCCUACGCAGGAAUCGACUGGCAGAUCGCAAGCCUCGCAGGCAAAGUCAUCUGCAACUUCCUCUACUUCGACGUGGACCUAAAGGUUGAACACAAGCGCGAGGACCUCGCGUCGGUCAAAUUCCCCGCGGUUGAGCUCUUGGGUCAGGAAGAGCAGGCUGAAUUGGAAGCGCUUCUCCUCGAUUUGACUGACGAAGACCUUGUCAACAGCGUCCAAGGAGACACAAGAAUUCACGGUGUCGAGGGUGACGUAUCACACCACUGCUUCCAACGAUCUGUCUGGAGUGCUGAUUUCCUGUCUGUUGCAGCUCAUCUGCUGGCCAUUAUGAACGGGAAGGCCUAA